AAAGCAACAAAAUCGCCUGCAACAAGUGUGGGCGCAACAGCAACCACAUCAAGGAGCAGCAAGUCGAGGGUCAAGUCACAGGACAGUGUGGAAAGUGAAAAGGAGCUGAAAAAAACCACAAAGAUUGCAACAACAACAACAAUUAAAAAACCGCAACCACUGCACACAAGCAAAAAUAAGGAGCGUGAGCCUGUGUCUAGCAAACGAACUACCCCAUCCCCUACCACCAAGGCAACUAGCACAUUGCGUGCCGCUAAACAACCACCUGCCGGCAAGGCUAAGCCAAAUGCAGUGCUCGACAGCUAUCAUAAUGUGACGGUGUCAUCGCCUCCGCAAAAGCGCAAGGCACAACCAAAACAAGCAACAGCAGCAACAACAACAACAACAACAGCAGCAGCGCUAGAAUUGGCAGACCAAGUGCAGAAGCAACAGCUAAGAGCACGAGCGCUCUCACGCACACUGCAACCAGAAGAGGUGCUGGUGCUGAAACGAGAGUCGGCCAAGCAGCGCAGCGAGAGAGAAGUGCAACAAGUGAAGCAAGCAGUUGCAUUUGAAGUCAAUUUUGAGGCAGAGCAAAAAAUAGCAACGCCAGCUACAAGUGAAGCGGGCAACUACUCCGAUGACUUUGAAUCCUAUGAAUCGGAUUUUGAAACAGAUGCAAGCACGCCCGAAGAAGAAGAGCAGGAUGAUGAAGAAGAAGAAGAACAGCAGGAUAAAGAAGAAGCUGCAGCAGCAGUAAGCGAAAGUGAACAAGACUUAAGCGAAGCAGAAGAUUCGGAGCCGACCCAAAAUCCUAUAACCGUUAUACAACGUGAUAAGGAGCGUAAAUUGGAUUCUGGCCACUAUGACAUGAACUGUCGACGACUGCAGCGUAAUGUUGCCACACAGCCAUACGAUAGCUUCGAUACCAAUAUCAUGGCCAACUCAGAGCAGCUCGAUUCAGGCAUUAGCAGCUAUGGCGCUGCAGUUUCCCCAGCGGUCAAUCAGUCCACAGCCGAUGUGCACUUUGGUGGCUAUGUGGAUUUUGUUUCGCGUCCUGUUAUAACACCGCGUGGUGUGGAGCUGCUGCGUAAGCUGCGCUUUGAUCAACUCAACUAUCAACUGUUUGAAACGCAGCCGCUAAGCUAUGAGGGCUAUAUGCAAAGCUAUGGAAAGCUAAACACACGACAAUUGGCUACACAAACGCAAGCACAGCAAAUGAAUGCGGAAUGCCAGACGCUGGAGCUGCACACACGCACCAGCUGGACACAGCAUCCACCCAAUUACGCUGGACAAUUGCUGAUGAGCUGCAGCGGCGACGCCAGCCAGCAGUUGGACUCAGCACAGCAGAAGUCGAACGAUGCCUUUGAGCGCAGCUUAUCACAACUAGAGCAACUGCGUCUAUCGCAGCAACAGCGCACGCUGCAACAGCAACAGAAGCGCUUAGCCAAGCCCUUGGAUAUGGAGCGUCUAAAUGUAUUUCUGCAAAAGUCUUGCCUGCUGCUGGGCAAGCUGCAAGCUGCACCUUCAGCACCACAAACGCUGCAGACGGGUUUCCUCAAUGCUUUGCCCGUGCGUCGCAUCUUUGGCAGCGCCGCACAGCAGCAACUGCUGGUCACUGUGCAUGAGUGUCCGGCUGAAAGCAAUGUCUAUCGCGAUGAUUUCGCCAAUUUGUUGAUGGUCUGGUCUUUGACGGAUGCUAGCAAACCUUUGCGUUUGCUCUCCAGCUGGUCAGAAGUCUGCCGUGUUGCCUUUAGCAGCGAGGCAACUGAUAUUAUUGUUGCUGGGCUGCGCGAUGGCAGCAUAGCCAUGUGGGAUCUGCGCGAGACUUACAGCUACUGCUCCAAGCUGGAUGGACAUCUGACGCAUUUUGCUGCCACGCAGUCUGUGGUGCCUUGUCUGGACACGCAGCAGCAGCAACAGCAGCUGACAGCUUUAGAUCUGGGUGCUGUGCUGGAUGUGCGCAGCUUUCGCUCAGCGCCCAAGACAGCCAGCGUGGGCUUGGGUUGGAGCAGCAACUAUGCAACAAAUCACAAAAAUAUACAGUACGCAGCACUUAAUGAUUCCGGACUUUUAACCAUUUGGACGCUUGUGGAGAGCGGUCAUGGCUGUGUCAACACAGAACAUAGUUCGCCCUGGGCCAGAGUGCAGCUGCUGCAAAGCGCCAGCUGUGAUCUGCGCGAUUAUCUGGAGCGUCGUUUGCUCAAGAGCAAGCAGAGUGCCUAUGAUAAGACCAGAUCUUUGUUUCAGGGCAAUGUCUACAACGAUGAGAUCUUGCGCGAACUAAACGAAACACAAACGCUGGCCACGGCGCUGCAGGAUCAGGGAUUGCAGGGCUUGCGCUUUAGCAGCAUUGAUACGGGCUCUAAUGUAAUCUAUGUGUGCACCAAUCGCAACUUUGUGCUCUGCUGUACGCGCAGCUUGAAACCGGAGCGCUUCACCAGAAUUGGCUUGCAUGAGAGUCGCUUUUUAUUUCCCACAGCGCUUUGUGUGCUGGCCAAUGACAGCUAUAUAGCUGUAGGUCUGUCCAAUGGCUCGGUCAUGAUACUUAACUGUAAUCAGCGGCAGCGACAGCGUUUGCCGCCACGCCCCACAACGGCAAUGCCGCUGGCCAACAUUGGUCCGGAGCCGGAAACAGGCAAAUCCUGUGCCAUACAAAAUAUCAUACUGAACGAACGGCGCUCCUUUGAGCAACAGCCCUUGGACAGCACCACCAACAGCUACGAGCAACGUCCUCAAACCCAAGCUCGUUGCGCCUACGAAUUGCGUCUCUUUGACCAGCAACUGUUGCUCAGCGGCAGCGUUCUACGUCAGCAUCUGGUGCAGGCACUUGUCCAGUCCAGCGAUGGUGCCAAACUCUUUGCACUGUCCAACGGCACUGUGCGCAUCUAUGACUUUCAGCUGGACCGUGAGCUGCUCGAGACACCGCUGCAGUUGAGCUCCAAUGUUACGGAUAUCGCCACCGCAUGCGGCUCGCGAAACGAGCAACAAUUGCUGCUACUCAAUGCCGCUGGCUUAGUGCAGUUGCAUGCACUUAAUUACUAAUUUAUUUA